AUGCGCUUCACCACGGGAAUCGCCGCUGUCGCUGCCGCCGCUGGCGCGCAUGCUCAGAUUGAGGGCACCACCACCAUGACCUCGACCACCACCAUGACCAGGACCAUCACCCAGUGCAACCCUACCGCCACUGACUGCCCUCUGUGGCACACGACCUCGAGCGUGGUCGCUGAGACCACCUCCGUCGUUCCCGAGACUACCACCUCGACUCCCGAGCCCGAGCCCGUGCCCGAGCCCGAGCCUGAGCCCGAGACCACGAUGGAGACCCCCAUCAUCGAGACCACCAUUGCCGUCGUCAGCGUCAACACCCCUGCACCCAGCACCAGCAGCAGCUCCAAGACUACCAUGGUCUGGUCCGUCUCGCACAACUCGACCUCCCACGGCCCUACAGAGUACCCCGGCGCCACCAGCAGCGGCGUCCUGCCCACUGACGUCCCCGAGGGUCCCUCGGACACUGCCUCCGCUCCUUCGACCCUGCCCACCGACGACACCCCCGGCGCCGGUGUUACCUCUGUUGCCCAGACUGGCUUCAUGGCCAUGGCUUUUGCCGCUGUCGUUGCCGCCAUCUUCUAA